AUGAGCGGCACCGCGCACAAAGCGGACGUGCGAUCGGGCGGCCAGCCCGGUUCGGUCGCCGUGAUCUCAAGCCAUGUGGCGCGCGGCGCGGUGGGCAACCGGGCGGCGGUGUUCGCCAUCGAGACCCUCGGCCACCCUGUGAUCGCCGUGCCGACCGUUCUUCUGCCCUGGCAUCCCGGUCAUGGACCGGCGACGCGGAUCGUCCAUGACAAUCGCCAGUUUGCCGGUUUCAUGGCCGAUCUCGCCCACGGUCCGUUCGCCGGCGAGAUCGACGCGGUGCUUUCGGGUUAUCUGGGCGAUGCCGACCAGGCUGCGGCCAUUGCAGCAUCGGUAGCCGCGCUGCGUUCGGUGCGGCCCGAUCUGGUCUACGCCUGCGAUCCGGUGAUCGGCGACGAGAGCGGGCUUUACGUGUCCGGGCAGGUCGCCCGCGCCAUCGCCGGCACGCUGGUGCCCGUCGCCGAUCUGGCGACGCCGAACCGGUUCGAACUGGCCUGGCUUUCGGGCCGCGUGCUUGAAGACAAUGAGGCGAUCAUCGAUGCCGCGCGGGCGCUCGGCCCGCCUGCCGUGCUGGUGACCAGCGCGUUCGCCGCGCAGCCGGGCAUGACCGGAAACCUGCUCGUCCUCCGCGAAACCGCCCAUCUUGCCGAACACGCCGCCUUCGACCGCGCGCCGAACGGCACCGGUGAUUUGACCGCAGCGCUGUUUCUGGCGCACCUUGUCAACGGGCGCGGCCAUCUGGAGGCGUUGCGGCGGGCGACGGCAUCCGUGCAUGACGUGCUUGCCAACACCCGUGCCCGCGGAGCGGAUGAGCUGACCCUGGCGGCCGAUGCCGCCCUUCUGUCCGAGCCGGUGUCCGACAUCGAUGUCCGUUCCGUCGGGCGGCGGUCCGAAGACAUCACGAUUGGAGGAUGA